AUGAGUGAAUUCGAACAAGUACCCGAUCAAGAAGCCGAUAUUCAAGAAUCAGAAGAGGAGGAGGAACUUUUUUAUACUGAAAUCGACGAACUUCAAAACCAUGGAAUUGGUGCUGCUGAUAUUACUAAACUUAAAAGUGCUGGUAUUUGCACUGUGCGGGCAAUUCAUAUGACAACUCGAAGAAACCUUUGUAAAAUUAAAGGACUCUCUGAAGCAAAAGUUGAUAAACUUAAAGAAACCGCCUCAAAACUUCAGUCAGCUUCUUUCAUAACUGCUACUGAAUUUUCGCAAGUAAGGUCGAAAGUGAUGUAUAUAUCAACAGGUAGUAAAUCACUGGAUGCGCUUAUAGGCGGUGGUGUUCCCACUAUGUCAAUAACUGAAGCAUUUGGUGAAUUCAGAACCGGAAAGACUCAAAUCGCUCACACUUUAUGCGUUGUGGCGCAGCUUCCACCUGCCAUGGGUGGAACAAAUGGAAAGGCUGCUUUCAUAGAUACUGAAGGGACUUUUCGUCCAGAACGCAUCAAAUCUAUAGCUGCGCGUUUCGGAAUUGACCAUGAAGCUGCCCUUGAGAAUAUUCUUUUUGCUCGCGCUUACACUUCUGAACAUCAAAUGGAACUUAUCAUCGAGUUGGCUGCUCGAUUUGCUGAAGAAAAAGGAGUAAUAGAUUCCAUUAUCGCACUCUUUCGAACCGAUUAUGCUGGUCGUGGUGAACUUGCCGAGCGGCAACAAAAGCUUAAUAUUAUGCUCAGCCGCCUGACCAAAAUUGCAGAAGAGUUUAACGUUGCUGUUCAAGCUGAUCCUGGCAGUAAUAUGAUGUUUGUAAGUGAUCCUCGUAAACCUAUAGGUGGCCACGUUCUUGCACAUGCAUCUACCGUUCGUCUUUACCUGCGUAAAGGUCGUGGUGACGAACGAAUUGCUAAAGUUUAUGAUUCACCUGAUAUGCCUGAAGCCGAAUCUCAACCCGUAAUCCUAUAUGUACGAAAGCAUCAAACAAUUCGACAAAAACAACAGAUAAUGCUACAAAAACAAAUGAUACCAAACUCUACAAAAAGUACCAAAGCUAUAGAAAAUGGCAGAACAUUGCAAGAGUUUAUAACAGUAGCCGGAAAAAAACGUGAUUUUCAUCUCGAUGAAGAAGAAGUCGAAGCAAUAACUUUACGUGAACAACAAGAAGCAAUGAAGAGAUUAGAAGAUGAACAAGCAGCUGCAUCUAAACCAAAGCUACCUAACUUCUGGUUGGUACGCGUCACAUAA